AUGCCGGUAGCAACACCCCACAAAACCGUGGAUGGCCAUGACGACCAAUCACAGCCCGCUCCCCCGGAUUUCAAUGACCUCAGCAGCCACGCCGCUGCUACUGCCCUGAACGGGUCCAAGAAUGGAACCACGUCAAGCCCAUCCGUCAUCGACGUCAUAUUGGCUAGAAGGGCCAAGGCCGGAAAGCUCGUCGCCGGUGUUGCAGCUGCUUCAGACAGUGAUAUGUGGAAGGGACCGCAAACCGGCAAACCAAAGGCGAGGCGCUGGGAAAGCCAUCUCAGCAAGGAAAGCCUGGGACGCCAGCCGUGCACCCUCAAGCUAGCAGCAAAGCAUCUGAAGAAGCCAGGCCUCAUCUCCCUUGGCGGCGGCCUGCCUUCUAGCGAGACCUUCCCCUUUGCUGAACUCUCCAUGAAAGUACCCGUGGCCCCUCACUUCUCGGAACGGGAAACACUGGAAAACGGGCAGACCGUCACCAUUGGAAAAUACGAUGUGCGUGACCACGACGCUGUUUACGACCUAUCCAUUGCCCUCAACUACGGCCAGUCUACUGGCUCAGCGCAGAUGAUGCGCUUCCUCACCGAGCACACCGAGAUUGUGUGUAACCCCCCCUAUGCAGACUGGCGCAUCUGCCAGACCAUUGGUAGCACCGGCGCGCUGGAGCAGGCCUUUCGAAUGUUCUGCGACAGGGACCGAGGCGAUUCCGUUCUGACCGAGGACUUUAGCUUCUCAACCGCCCUGGAGACCGUUAUCCCUCUCGGCAUCAAAGUUUUCGGCUCCCCCAUCGAUGAUGAGGGCCUCGUACCAGAGGCCAUGGACAUGCUCCUCACCAACUGGGACGCCAAGGAGCGCGGCGCCAGAAAGCCCCAUCUCUUGUACACCGUCCCCUCGGGUCAGAACCCGACGGGUGCUACGCAGGGCGCUGGGAGGAGAAAGGCCAUUUACUGCGUCUGUCAGAAGCACGACGUUUUCAUCAUUGAAGAUGAGCCGUACUACUUCCUUCAGAUGCAGCCUUACACCGGCCGCAACCAGCCCGGGGUUUCUCCCCCCAGCACUGUGGAGGAAUUUGUAUCGUCCCUGAUCCCGACGUACGUCAGCAUGGACAUCGACGGUCGUGUUCUGCGCAUGGACUCCGUCUCCAAAGUGCUCGUGCCCGGCUCACGACUCGGUUGGGUAGUUGGCUCGGAGCAAAUCAUCGAGCGGUACCAGCGUCAUGCCGAGGUGGCCAGCCAAGGUCCCAGCGGCUUCUCCCAAAUCAUUUUGUACAAGCUUCUCGAUGAAACGUGGGGCCACGAAGGCUACCUCCGGUGGCUGAUGAAUCUGCGCAUGCAGUAUACCAAGAGAAGGGAUGCUCUUCUCGCUGCAUGCGAAAAGCACUUGCCACAGGAAAUUGUGUCCUGGACUCCGCCGGCCGCUGGCAUGUUUUUGUGGCUGCACGUGGACUACGCCAAGCACCCCUAUGCCGCGACCAAGUCCCUCGUCGAAGUCGAAGAAGAGAUAUUUGACUCGUGCAUCGACGGCGGCGUCCUCGUCGCGCGAGGGUCUUGGUUCUUGGCUGAAAAGGAGAAGCCAAUGCCGGGGUUGUUCUUCCGCGCCACAUUUGCGGCUGCCAGUGCAGAGAGCAUGGAUGAGGCUAUAAAGAGAUUCGGCCAGGCUGUACUGCAUAGUUUCGGCAACAAGUAA